AUGGCAUUAUAUACAACAAUAAAUACUAGUUUAAAUGAAAAUUCAACUCAAACUUAUUCGUAUCAAUCGUCAGAUGAAAUUAGUUCUAUGCGUCUCAUGACCCUAAAAAAAGUUCUCAAUAUUGACAUUAUAAAUCAUAUUCAAUUAGAUGAAAGAUUAGUUAGAAAUUUAAAUGUUAAAGAUCUUAUUCUAUUGCCAAAUAUUGCUACAACAUACGUUCGACAACCUGAUAUAAAAGUUCAAUUUGAACAAUCAAAAAAAGUUAUUCAAAAUGAUUUAUAUCCUCGAAUGUCUAUUAAUAAAUCAAAUAUUUUAUCUGUUACUAAUGAAGAUUAUAAACGACAUUAUUCAACAAAAAAACCUUAUGCAUAUCCUUCAGAAAAAUAUAUUUUAAGUUUACCACCAACAGGUUAUAAACCAGUUGGUGUACAACUUCUUGCUCGACAUGGUAGUCGAACUUUAAGUAGUCGUAAUUAUGAUUUAGAAACAUUAACUAUUUGGCAAUUAGCGAAAGAAAAAAAUAUGUUAACAUCAUUAGGUGAACAAUUAAAAGAAGAUAUAGAAUUAUUUAUGCAUGCAAAUAAUCAUAUGGGACGUGGACAAUUAACUCAACUAGGUAAAGAAGAACAUUUUGGUAUUGGGAUGCGUCUAUUUAAUCGUUUAAAAUCUUUAUUUAUUUCAUCAAAUACAAUAUCAGUAAUGACAAGUGGUAAAAAACGUACUAUUGAUAGUGCACAAGAAUUUCUUAAUGGUUUAACAAAAUCCAAUUGUAAUAUACAAAUAUUAAAUGAAAAACCAAAUAAAAAAUUACUUUAUUUUCAUAGAUCAUGUACAAAUUAUAUGACAUUUAAAAAAAGUGAUCCAUAUAUAAAAACAAAAUUAAAAAUAAUUAAAAAUUUAGAAUUAACUAAAACAUAUGCAAGACAAGUUUUAAAAAGAAUUUAUCAAAAUGAAUUUGUUGAAUUAUUAAUUAAUGGAAAUUAUGAUAUUAAUUCUAAAGAAAAUGUUGAUUCUAAUGAAAAGAAAUUUAUAAAAAAUGAAGUGGAUGUUGUUUUAUGUCUCUAUGAUAUGUUUUCAGUUGCACCAGCUCAGAGUCAAUCCAAUUUAGCCAACAUGUUAGCAAAAUAUUUCAAUCAUGAAGAAUCAAAAUGGUUUGCUUAUAUCAAUGAUGCACAGGAAUUCUACGAGAAAGGUCCAUCUGUUGAAGGAACUACAGUUACAUAUGAUAUGGCAAAACCACUUCUAACUGAUUUUUUCUCGUCAGUUGAUGCAUAUAUUGAAACCAACAGAAAUAUUGUUGCAAAUCUUCGUUUUGCACAUGCUGAAACAAUUAUUCCAAUAGCAACACUUUUACAAAUUCCUGAUUUUUCAGGCAAUGCAGUACAUCCUUUAGAUAUUUAUACACAUGAUAAUAAUCAAUGGAGGGGUGAUACAAUUGCUCCAAUGGCUGCUAAUAUUCAAUGGGAAAUUUAUCAACAUGAAAAUGAUCAUCAUCAAAUAUUAGUACGAAUGUUAUAUAAUGAAAUGGAAGUCAGAUUUAAACAAGAUUGUAAACCAUUGACACCAGAUUCUUUUUUUUAUGAUUUUCACGAAUUAAAACGCUCAUAUGGAGAUUUUCUAUUACCAUCAGUUUCGAUGUGA